AUGGAGGUGAAUUUCAAUGAAGAUCAGCACGACUUUGAAGCAGUGGAAGAAUGCGUGACAAAAGCUAAUUAUUAUUUCAUGACCAAGCAAAUCGAUGAAGAAACCAACAACGAAGACUACACCAAAUGUAUGCUCCAUUCACUCUACAAAGAGCCGAUCGAUUGGGAGGAAACUUUCGAGUUUCCACCCCUAUCCAUGCCGAAGACGAAAACUUGUUCAAGCCCUGGAAGUUCUUCGAAAAUCGCUGGUGGACAAGAAACGAAAAAGGGAAGAUACCCCUGGUUUGCUUGGAGCGAGAAGACGGGCUUUGAUGAGACCGAAAACUGCGGCUUGACAAUUUUGACAAAAUACGAGGACGGUUCUGACGAUUGGCUUGUGACAGACUCGUGGUGCUGCUACUUUGAUAUGUCCCGAUUCAACAUCCAUAUUGGCGCUUAUGACUUGGAAUACCCCGACAACGAUGAAUACAUAAUCAAUCCCAUCGAGUAUCGAAAUGGAAUUCUAUCUGAAACCAGACAAUGCAUGGUCAGGGUUCCGAAUCUGAUUGACAACGCACCCGAUUCUUGUGCUGGCGGAUCGUGUUUUGAGCCAGCUUGCUUAUCAGAUGUGGAGUUGGAAGAUGGAACAAGCUGCUAUAUAGCUGGCCUUGGUGACUACAUUGAGUUCGUGCCCGAGCAAGCGACGGUUCUCCGUGAUGCGGUUCUAAUCUAUUUGGAUGGAGAAUUCAAAUCAAUCGACGAAAAUGACCCAGCAAAGACUUGCCUUGGUGAUACUGGCGGAGGGCUCAUCUGCCUCGUCGAUGACUAUCCUGUUCUCAAAGGCGUGCUUGACUACAAUUGGGGCCUUUGCGCUGAGGUUGACGAUUUAAUCAGUGUCAGUUUUGUUGACGCGAACGAAAUGGAGAGCUUUGUUCUCACUCCACCUCCUGUGACAGAACCAACCGAAACGUCGACAACUGACUCUUCUCCGCUUCCCACUGGUCCUGGAAUCUUCCCAAAUGCGACUUUCGAGCAGCCAUCUUGGAAAAACAUGACUUGUGAAACUCCUCUUGAACCAAUCGAGAGCGAGCCUCUUACAAAAAUCGUCGGCGGAACAGAUGUGCCGAUCGAUGCGCAUCCUUAUUACGCGAACUUUGAUUUCUCCUGCGGAGGGACAUUGAUCACAAUGUUUGAAGAUGGCUCUCACGAUUUUGUACUGACUGCUGCGCACUGUUGUUUCGGUACAAAUAUAGAUGAUGCCCUUGUGCUUUUAGGAGUCUCAGUCAUCGACCGGGUUGAACCUUGCAGUUUGGACCUUGAAUUGCAAAACUUCAAGAUUCACGAAGAUUACGAUCGUUUUGAUUUCAACAGUACUGACGAGACUGGAACUCCUCAUGACAUCUGUCUUCUGAAAAUUCCCAAUGUCAAGCAGUCGCUCAUCAAUCAGUACGGCCCUGAGGGCCCAGAAACAUGCGCAUCGAAGAUAUCCCCAGCAUGUCUUCCAGCAGACCAUGUUGCCGACGGAUCUUACUGCAAGGUUGCAGGUUAUGGGGCUGGUAACGAGCCAUCGCAUCUUUUGAAUGAAGUCGGCGUUUACACAUUUUCUAACGAGUACUGUGAGGCAACGAAUAUGAUAAGUUUCGAGCCAACAACUUGGGAAACGCAGUUUUGCGCUGGAAUCCCAGAUUUUGAUGGCGAUGGACAAACUGACGGAGGGAAGGAUUCCUGCCAGGGCGACUCUGGAGGACCCUUGGUCUGCGAAGCUUUUGGAAAACCCGUUGUUUACGGUGUUGUUUCUUGGGGUUUCGGCUGCGCUGCUCCGAACUUUCCAGGAAUUUACGCUAAAGUCUCCAAUUAUGUUGACUGGAUAUUCGAUACAAUGGACAAUCUUCAAAAUUCUUGA